GGACGCCAGUGUAGACCGAAGCUGCGUUUCAUUCUACAUCUGCGUAAAAGCGACUUUUGGUUCUGAGGUUUGUUUGUGUUUAUAUGGUGAGCUGCAGUUAUGCCGCUGGUAAAGAGGAACAUUGAGCCGAGGCACAUGUGCAGAGGAGCUUUACCUGACACCAUCAGCAAUGAGCUGGAGUGUGUGGCCAACAACACACUCUCUGCCAUCAUACGACAACUUAGCAGCCUCAGUAAACAUGCAGAGGAUGUGUUUGGUGAGCUCUUCAAUGAGGCCAAUACCUUUUACUUGCGUGCUAACUCUCUACAGGACCGCAUUGACAGACUCGCAAUCAAGGUCGCUCAGUUGGACUCUAGUGUGGAGGAAGUGUCACUUCAGGACAUCAAUUUGCGUAAAGCCUUUAAGAGCUCUACUGUUCAGGACCAGCAGAUGGUGACAAAAAGCAGCAUUCCAAACCCCAUCGCAGAGACAUACAACACCAGCGACAAACCACCACCUCUCAACAUACUCUCUGCCUACAGGGAUGAUCAUGCUGAUGGAAUUAAGUUCUACACAGACCCCUCUUAUUUCUUUGACUUGUGGAAGGAGAAAAUGCUUCAAGACACAGAAGACAAGAGAAAACAGAAGAGAAGACAGAGGGAGCAGAAGCGCUGUGUUGAUGUAACGUUGCCGCGGGAGGUGAAGAAGGUUCGUAAGGCUCAUAACCGCAGGCAGGAGUGGAACAUGAUGGCGUUUGAUAAAGAGCUGCGGCCGGACCAUCGACAUCAUCAUACACUUCACAGGGGUGUCUCUUCAGAGGGUUCGUUGUCUCCAGAGGGCAGACCACACGGUCCAGACUUUCCUGUCCCAUCAUAUCAUGCUCCAGCACUGACGAGCCACAUACACACACAGUCACAUCCUUUCAUGCCUGUGGAGACAAUGUCCUCUAGUGCAAAUGGAGGGGUAGAGCACGAGUAUCACAGCAUCGGAGGGCCGAUAGGAAUGGGUGUGAAUGCUGCUGUGGGUAACAGAGUGGGCACGCUCAGUCGAACGCAGCCACCUCCUCCACAGUAUCUACCCACUGAAAGUGGAGUCAAUGGAAACAUCAGCCUGCCACCAACAGACUAUGGUAUGAUGGAGUAUUAUGCAAGUUCAGGGCCACCGCCUUCUUCAAUGGGUCCCCUCAUUCCAUCUGCACAAACAGCUUUUGCCUCACCUCCAGCGUGUCCGGCUCCUGCUCAUCCUGGAUUAAUCCCCUCAGCCUUACGCUAUCCUCUUCCACCUGUCCCACCUCCUGGACCUGCUCUAGCACCUCCUCCUGAGGGUCCAACUCCUCCUCCAGCUCCUCACGCUCCUCCUCAUCCAGCAGCUCUUGGAGAAGGAUGGACACAAAAUCUGCAGCAUUUCACAGACGCUCGCAGUGACCUGCUCUCAGCAAUACGCAUGGGUAUCCAGCUGAAGAAAGUCCAGGAGCAGCAGGAACAGCAGGCUAAAAGAGAGCCAAUGGGGAAUGAUGUGGCCACUAUACUUUCCCGCCGUAUUGCUGUGGAGUACAGCGACACAGAAGAUGACUCAGAACUCGAUGAGAAUGAGUGGUUUGACUGAUCACAGUCAAACACACACACACACACACGCAGACCAUUUUGUAUACUGUACCUGUGCAAAUGGUAUGAAAAUUACAUAUGGAGACAUUCCUCUUAAAUAUAAAAGCACAAACACUUUUACUCACAAUUACACAUACAGUGGGGUACAAAGGUCUGUGACGACUAGUUAAAAUGCUUUUUCCACUUGUGAAAUUUUGUAAAUUUUUACAUUGCAAAUGAUAUUUUCAGCAUGACAAUUUCAAUGAAAUGUUGAAUUGUCUUAGUAUUUGGUAUGUCCCACUUUAAUGGCUUUAAUGACAGCCUGCACUCAAGCUGGCAUGGACUUCACAAGCAGAACCUGAUGACAUAUUUUAUCCUAGCAUAAUCUGAGAAUGUUCCAAAGAACUUGUGUGCUUUAACGGAAGCAAGAAACAAUUGCAUUUUUUUUUUUUACAUGGAAAGGAAUUAACAUGGUCAAUGUCAUUUUGCUUACACUUGAUUAGUGACCUAAAUAGAAUCUUAAAUAUUUCUUAAGUUUACAUUUAACGUAUUUUUGUCCUUUAACUUAGUUGUUUUUCCAGGUAUAAUUGAAAAAAAAAGAAAAACAAAAACAAAUGGAACCAACUGUGUAUAGUUGAGGUUUAAAAACAACUUCUCGGGGGCCUGGGUAGUUCAGCGAGUAAAGACGCUGACUACCACCCCUGGUGUCAUGUGUUCGAAUCCAUGGCGUGCUGAGUGACUCCAGACAGGUCUCCUAAGCAACCAAAUUGGCCCGGUUGCUAGGGAGGUUAGAGUCACAUGGGUUAACCUCCUCGUGGUCACUAUAAUGUGGUUCUCGCUCUCGGUUGGGCGCGUGGUGUGUUGUGCGUGGAUGCCGUGGGGAAUAGUGUGAAGCCUCCACAUACGCUAUGUCUUUGCGGUAAUGCGCUCAACAAGCCAUGUGAUAAGAUGCGCAGACUGAUAGUCUCAGAUGCGGAAGCAACUGAGAUUCGUCCUCCACCACCCGGAAUGAGGCGAGUCACUACGCCACCACGAGGACUUAGAGAGUGCAUUGGGAAUUGGGCAUUCCAAUUUGGGGAGAAAAGGUGCCGUGACCUGGAUGGGAGUGAGGUUUAGGGGGGUAAGUGUAACGGUAGCCAGCUGUUAUGUGCUGUGCAGUGUGUGUAAACCUCACUCCCCUUACCUCAAGAGGCGCACUUGCGACUGAUGCUAGGGGCUGUAGCCUUUAGCCUCCUUGUUAGCAUGCCCGCCUCCCAUGCCGGAGAUGCCAGUUCAAAUCCCGUUCGGAGGACCGGUUACACAACAUACAUAGGACCUGUGAACAAACUAAAGAAACGUAUACUAUCAAUCAUGUACUCAAAAUGGCCAAAUGUCCAAGUUGUAGCUGAUUUUUAAGGACUUGUUUGAAAAGGCUUUUGGUUAAAAUCUAUAUACAGAAAAUUAUAAUUAUUCAGAAUUUCUAGAUUAAAAAUCUAUAGAGUAAGCAAUCAAGGUGCUGUAAGAACCUAACAUGACCUGCAAAGGUGUUGCUGCAGAAUUUUCUUUUUACCCUUUUUAAACAAUGGCACAGUCAUUAUUUAAUUAUUUUAAAUGUGCAAAAGUCAUUAUUUAUUAUUACUAUUUAAAUCUUUGUUCCUCAGCUUGCACCAAGAAAUGUUUGUGGACAAAACCUGUGUUAACAAUGCAUUAUGAUAAGCCAGAGAAAAGCGCAUGUGUCUGACCUCUCUCUUCUCUCGCAGAAACUCGAAUGUAGUCUUAUCCUGAGUCAUUAAACACUUUAUCAAUUCCAUGCCGUCUUUUCCUAGUUGAAAAAUAAAUAAAUUAUUCUGACUGUUUUUAACAAAUGAAUUCAUAUGCUAUUCAACAAUAUAAAUCUAAGCAGAAUUUUG